AUGUCCUCCUCACUUCUCCUCCUGUGCAUCCUGGUCACAUGUUCAGUCUGGACGGUGCAAGGGAAAAGCUUCAAGGUCAGCAUUGAUGAUGAGGAGGCAUCUUUAAAGGAAGGCUUCGGAGCGGCACAAAGGUUUCCAGGGGUGUGCUGGGCAUGCACAUGGGCUUUAAAAAAAGUGAAGAACGUGAUUGGACCAAAUGUCACCGCAGAGCAAGUGAAAGCAAAACUGAAGGCUGUCUGUGAUCAGAUUGGACUCCUGAAGUCAAAGUGCCACAAGUUUGUGGAUUCACACCUGGGACUGCUGGUGGAGGAGCUGACCACGUCGGACGACAUAAACACCAUUUGUGUCAACACAGGUGCAUGCAGGUCAGAGGCGUUUGAACUGCUCUUCUCUCCAAACAAAGAGCGUCACGUUGAGAUUAACGAACUGCCCUGA